AUGUCAGGUCGCGUAGAGGUCGAGAAUAUUCCGGGUCAGGUCGCCAACUUGCUCAAAAACGUCACCGCUGGUGAUUUGCUCAACGUUGCUUCCUCUCCUGCCUUCCUUGUCGCUGCUGCUGCAAUUGUCAUUGCCGCCGCGUUCUACUCCAAGGUCUUCAACUCUACUCGCCCAAAGCCUCUUGAUCCAAGCAUCUGGAAAGAAUUUCCUCUUCAAAAAAAAAACCAGGUGUCCCCAAACACUGCCAUCUAUACAUUCAAGUUGCCUCACGCUGAAGACGUCCUCGGUCUUCCUAUUGGCCAGCACAUUUCCGUCUCUGCAGAUAUCAACGGCAAAAAUAUCGUUCGUAGCUACACUCCCAUCAGCCGACAAAACGCACGCGGUCGUUUCGAACUCAUUAUCAAGACCUACGAAAAGGGCAACAUUUCACGUCAUGUUGCAUCCCUCAAGAUUGGUGACACACUUCGCGUCAAAGGUCCCAAAGGCAAUUUCAAGUACACCCCCGGUCUUACUGCUCACCUUGGCAUGAUUGCUGGUGGUACUGGCUUAGCUCCCAUGAUCCAGAUCGUCCGUGCUAUUCUUCAAAACCCUCCCGACCGCACCAACAUCACCCUCAUCUACGCCAACGUCAACGAGGAGGAUAUCCUGCUGAGAGCUGAACUCGAUGCCCUAGCCAUGGGCUACGAAUCUAGAUUCAAUCUCUUCUACGUCCUCAACAACCCCCCAUCAGGGUGGACAGGCGGCGUUGGUUUCGUCACAAAGGAACACAUCAAAGAUCUCCUUCCCAACCCCAACGAGUCCAACAGCAAGAUUCUGAUCUGCGGUCCACCCCCAAUGGUAACUGCAAUGAAGAAAAACCUGGAAGAGAUCAAAUACCCCGUGCCCAAUACCAUCAGCAAACUUGACGACAAGGUCUUUGUGUUCUAG